AUGAGCAGUUACGACACUCUAGCUUCUAAGGUCGACUCAUUGAAGAAAGAAUCAGUGUUUACUCAUCCAGAUUCUUACAAAGAUACUUUUGUUGAUCAUCAGCUGAAGAGACUCAGAAAUCUAAUGGGUAAGCCAGAAGGGAGCACGAAUCAUGGGAUGGGACAAACUCAAAAAAGCAUUGAUGAACAAUAUGAUAACACGGAUGCCAACACUGAAGCAAAAGAGAACAACCUUCUAUAUGAUUGUAUCAACAAUGAAAACCGGAUAACCAUGUGCGAUGAUAGUAGCAAAAACGUAGAGAAUUUUGUUGAAGAACCUGACAUUCUGAAUGUAGAACUGGUACCUGAUGGUUCUUUGACAUCAUAUGGAAACUGGUGCAGUUUUUGA